AUGGACGAAACAUGUAAGAAAUCUUUGAACGUAACUAGCUCGUAUCAAAUUCUUCAGCGAUAUGUUCGUGUUUCGAGGUCUACAAGAAGGCAACAUUUGGCCUCAUUUCGUAAAAUACAUGGAUAUCCUUUCCCAAAGGUAGGCAUGGUUCUCAUUGCUCCAGCUUUCCAUAUGAUAUGUUUCACUUUUCUAUUGGCAGUGAGAGGGACGAUGGCAAGUUGCGGUCUGAAUGCAAUCUGCAAACUGGAUGGAGAUUCAUGCGCUUGCACUUGUCCUCCUGGAUUUCACUUUUCAGACGCCAAAAACACUUCCAAAGGAUGCUUGCCAAACUCAUCUCCGCAGCUGAACAAUUGCAGAGCACCCGCAGAAAUGGAGUCGGUUGGCCACUUUGAUUGGCCGGGAAAUGAUUAUGAAAACAUAAACCCUAUUGACGAAACAUCGUGCAUGCAGGCAUGUCUCAAGGAUUGCUUUUGCACAGUCGCAAUCUACGCCGUUUUGGACAGCGUAGGAAAUUGCUGGAAGAAGGCCUUGCCAUUGAUAGAUGGGAAAGUAAGCAAUACUAGAAGGGCUUUUGUCAAAGUAUAUGGAGAAUCGAUCCAUAAGCCACGAGAGGAAAGAAAAGGGAUAGUGUUGGCAGCCAUUGGAUUAAGCUUGAUGGGCUUCUGUUUGGCCAUUGUAGCAUGUUUCUUAGUAAUUUGGUUCUGCGUGUGGCGUCCCAAGCUCAGAGUUUGGAAAAAGGGGUAUAAGUUUACUUCGGAGGGUUUGAAAAUAUUUAGUUAUCGCGAGAUAGAAGUUGCAACCCAAGGAUUCAGACAAGUGCUGGGAAAAGGUGCUUUUGGAAAGGUGUACAAAGGGAUUUUAUCUGACGGAAGAGCAGUUGCUGUGAAGAAGCUGGAUAACCCAGCCAAGCAGGGAGAAGAAGCUCAUAUUGGGGAGAAGGAGUUCAGAACAGAGAUGAUUACCAUUGGGUCAAUUCACCACAAAAAUCUUGCUGAGUUGUAUGGCUUCUGCAACGAGGGUUUACAUAGAAUUCUGGUGUACGAGUACAUGCCCAAUGGGUCUCUCGAUAAGAUGUUAUUUCGUGGGGAAAAUCAUCUCGAUUGGGAGCUGCGUGUUGAAAUUGCUCUGGAGACGGCCCGAGGAAUCCUGUAUUUGCACGAGGAGUGUAGAUCCCAUGUACUCCAUUGUGAUAUUAAGCCUCAAAACAUCCUGCUAGGCGAAAUAUAUAAUGUCAAGUUAUGUGACUUUGGCGUAGCCAAAUUGGUGGGAUCAGAACAGACAAGGACGUUCACAGGGGCCCGUGGAACAUUAGGGUAUAUGGCGCCUGAGUGGCAGAGGGGUGUGGCAAUUACUGUUAAAGUAGAUGUGUAUAGCUUUGGAGUUACGUUAUUGGAAAUCAUCUGUUGCAGGAAAAUGGCCAAGGAAGAUGUUCCAGAAAAUGAGACUGUGUUGUCUGAGUGGGCAUACGAUUGCUUGAAAGAUGGAGGGCUUGUAAAGCUGGUGGAGCGACAGCAGACAAGUGGUAUAAAUCCACGACAAUUGGAACGAAUGGUUUUGGUGGGCCUGUGGUGCAUUCAAGAUGAUCCAUCUCUGAGGCCAUCCAUUAAAAAAGUUGUUCAGAUGUUGGAAGGAAACGUUGAGAUUCCCGUUCCACCACGACCAGGGCCUCCAGGGCUUUCUUCACAGGCUUCCUUUGUCCAACGUUUAUUUCUGAUAGAUUCUAAUUUUGGGGACAUCACCGCCUCAAUGCGUUCUAAUUUCUCAUGA